ACAGACAGCUCUCCAACUUCAACAAUGGCGGCUCGCCGGAGAAAUCUCCAACUCACCUCCCUCUCCGUCGAUCUCAACAUUUGCAGACCAAAACUCUCUCACCUCUUCCACCAUCUCAAACCAAAGUCCUCCUCCAAAUCCUCCAAUCAUUGCUUCUCCUCCGACUCCGAUUCGCCGCCUUUCUCCGACUCUGACUCCGAUACCAGAGCCUCCAUCACCUUCCGUGGCUUCGGAAAGUCCGGCGGCGAGAGCGUCGCCGUCGAGAAGGAUUCGGACGAUCCGUACCUCGAUUUCCGGCAUUCGAUGGUCCAGAUGAUUCUGGAGAACGAGAUAUACUCGAAGGAUGACUUACGGGGGCUCCUUCGCUGUUUCUUGCAGUUGAAUUCCCCUUCUCACCAUGAAAUUAUAAUUAGGGCUUUCGCUGAGAUUUGGGACUCUGUUUUCUCUGCCAGGUUCCCGGUUUCUCCCCCGAUCUUCCGCUUUUGAAUCUUAGCCGUCCGAUUAAGAUCCCCCCCUUAA